AUGGCAGAACGAGGACAGACCAACAACGAAUUUGAUGACGAAGAAGCUGCGUUUCUACGACAAGUUGAAAAGACAAAAGAUACUACAGUCCAACAAUGUGAGGACGUCAAAAAAUUAAUUAUCGGAAAACGACCUAGUCCAAACGCUUCACAGUCCGAAAAAGAUGAUUAUCGUGAACUUCUUCGAUAUGCUGAUCAAGGCAUGGGGAAACUUCGAAAUUGGAUUGAAAAUAUGUUUUCUAAACUCAUUGACAUUAUCAAACAAAUUGUCACUUGGAUUUGGAAUCAAAUUGUUGACAUUGGAAAAAAAAUUGCAAAUGCCUUCAAAAGUGUCAUCGAUCUCUUUUUUUAA